CUUCUAGAUUUCUGCCGUGAUGCUCAGUUGCGUCCCCCCGUUUUCCAGAUUGUGUCAGAUCGUCGAGGCGGUCGUACUGCUUGGUCAAGUAGGGUCACGGUUCACGGCAAGACACUUAAUGCUCGGUACUGGUAUGACGGCAAGAACCUCAACAACGCAAGAGAGGACGCCGCCGAGUGUGCUGUCAAGUGGUUGACUGGGUCGAAUACCAAUUCUCCCACUCAAUCCUGGAACUGGUAG